AUGGCAUCCUGGGUCACAGUAAGCGAGAAUUCAGACUUCUCUUUACAAAACUUGCCAUAUGGCAUAUUCAGCACCAGUGGAGAUGAUGAUGCUAGAAUUGGUACUGCCAUCGGUGACUCGGUUUUGGACCUCAAAGUUCUCGCACAGGGCGGAGUUUUUGACGACCUAAAGUUUGAUGUCGGAACUCUACAGGAGCCCACACUCAAUUCUUACGCUGCCCUGGGCAAAACGGUUCAUCAGAAAGUACGACACCGACUCCAGAAACUCCUUGAGAAAGAGACUCAGCUCAGUCAUCUUCUUCGAGAUAAUAAAACAAUUUACGAAAAGGCCUUUUACAAACAAGCCAAUGUUCAAAUGCAUCUGCCGAUGAAAAUAAACAACUACACCGACUUCUUCGUUGGACUUCAUCAUGCAGUAACUUGCGCAGGAUUAGUGAAACCAGGCCAAACCAUCGAGCAAGUCUGCCCUUGCUUUUACAAUCUGCCUAUCGCAUACAAUGGCCGAACAUCGUCUGUGGUUGUCAGCGAAAUGCCUUUCCACAGACCUAACGGGCAGUUUCCAGUCGACGGAAAGGUCGUCUCUGGGCCUUGUCGAAAGCUAGAUUUCGAAGUUGAGUUUGCUGCUUUCAUCAGCCGCGGAAACAGCUUCGGAGCACCGAUAAACGUUGAUGAGGCUGAAGAUCAUAUCUUUGGUUUUGUUCUACUAAAUGAUUGGUCAGCUCGUGAUAUACAGAUGUAUGAAUCGACUUUGAUGGGACCAUUUAACGGAAAGAGUUUCUGCACCACGAUCUCACCAUGGGUCGUGCCACCAGAGGCACUGGAGCCUUUCCGUGUCGCUCCAAAGGUGACACCUCGCGAACUACCUGAAUACCUUCGAGAAAAGAGAGAGAAGUCGGCCUAUGACAUUCCCAUCAGGGCUACACUCGCCAACUCUGAGAACUACCGCAUUGCAGAUUGCAACACAAAUAAUGUGAUAUUCUCCUUUGCACAAAUGAUCGCUCAUCACACCUGCGGUGGAUGCCCUUUGCAGACAGGUGAUCUUAUUGGAACUGGCACCUUGUCAGGGCCCUCCCGAGCAGAAGCAGGCUGCCUACUCGAGCAGACACUAGGUGGCACGAGCCCAUAUGAGAUGAAGGCAGAGGAUCCGUCAAAAGGCAGCGUGAUUAGAGCGUUCUGUGAGGACAACGAUACCAUCACCUUUACUGCGCAGGCAAAAUUGAGCGAAGGCUUUGGUAAUGUCGGCUUUGGGGCUUGUUCAGGGAAAGUGCUCCCUGCGAUCUAA